UGUUCCCAGCAGACAAGAACAGGUCUGGAACCCAACGAUUCUCUAUGGAUCAGAUGAGAGGGCUGUUCAAUGCAUGUCGGAAGCCAGGAAUACAGAAGGACGCCCUCUACAGAUACUUCAAAACAGAGAAUGAGGGACCAUGCCCCACUCAUAUUCACGUGAUAUGCAACGGCCAUAUCUUCAAAAUGACCGUCUUCGAUCGGGAGGGUCAAGCUCUGACCGCUCCAGAAAUACACAAACAGCUGGUGUUUAUCAAAGGAUUGUCUCGUCAGAGAGGGCAGGGCAUCGGGGCACUGACGGCAGAUGACAGGACCACCUACGCUCAGGCGUUCGAUCAUCUUGUAUCUCUCGAUCCAUGUAAUAGAGGUCACAUAGAAACAAUCAAGACGAGUAUCAUUGGCUUGGUUCUCGAUGAUGGGAUUCCAAAGAACUUGGCCGAGACCUGUUCAAACGGAGUCGCAGGUUCGUCGGCUAGCAAUCGCUGGUUUGACAAAACACUCAGUUCCAUAGUCACUUCCAACGGCACCAUCUGUUUUAAUGCCGAUCACGCCCCUAUGGAUGGAAUGGCUGUCGUAAUCUUAAGCAUGUUUGUGAACUCGAGGAUCAUAAAGGAUGGUGGAGACUGGCCCGGUGAGCUCACAGUCAGACCAGACAUUCCCAUGCCGAUAGAAAUGAUCUUCACUGUCGAUCAGAAGGUUCAAGAUGACAUUCAGCAUGCGACAGAGACAUAUCAUAAACUGGCUUCCAAUUACGAAGUUUUGUAUAGUGAGUACAUAUUGUUUGAAGGCGACCUCUUGAAGAGAAACAAGCUGCACCCCGACCCAACUAUACAAUUGGCUCUCCAGCUGGCUUACUUUACAACUUUUAAUAAGCCUGGAGCAGCAUAUGAAACGGCAACAACUCGUCAGUUCUACCAUGGACGAACAGACACCAUGAGAUCGUGUACCAUGGAGGCCAUUGAUUGGUGUAAAGCAAUGCUGGAUAGACAACCAGAUCCCACUCAUCAGCUACAUCUGCUGCGGAAAGCCCAUGACAAACACCUGGCCCUCAUGGCGGAAGCCGUGAAUGGUAAUGGGAUUGAUCGCCAUCUUCUAGGUCUCUACGUCCUAUCCGAAGAAAUGAACAUGCCAAUACCUGAGAUAUUCUUAGACAAGGCUUUCGUUCUCAGUGGAGGAGGAGGUAACUUCGCACUCUCUACCAGUACCUUAGGGGGUACCCCCGGGGUAGCAGCUAUGUCCCCCAUGAGACAGGAUGGGUAUAUGUGCUGUUACAGCUAUCAUAAACAGCACCUUCGCUUUACUGUGAGUUCUUUCAAGAGCUGUGCGGACACAAAUCCCCACCUCUUCUUUCGCCAAAUAACUCUGGCCCUCAACAAGAUCGCAAACCUACUCGAGUCUGCAAAACUUUAAAGGUCACAUUAAAGGAGAAUGAAACUCUUGGAGCAAGUUAGCUUUUGUGAA